AAAAUUAAAUUUGGUCCAGUGGUUCGGAGCCUUUUCAAGGCAAACAAACAAACAAUUAAAUCUUUCGUCUUUCUAAUAUUACUAUAGAUUUAUAGACGAUGUAUGAUGUACAAAUUUUAAAAUUUGCAAUUUCUAUAAAAAUUAUAAAUACACUUAAAAAUGUAUGUAUUGUUUUUCAGACGUUGUCACAGAAUUUUGUACAAACAAUUAUUUAUGUACGAGUAAAAUCAAACAUUUCUUUUUGUUUCUCCACAAAAAAUAGUAUAAUAAAUAUUUUAAAAGAAGUUGUUAAUAAAAUCAAACUUAUUUUAUGUUACUAGUUGAGGCAAAAUGGUGGCGCCACUAGCGCACGUGUGCGCUGCGGGCGGCAGUACCGUGGCUAAUGCAGUGUCGGCCGCACUGCACUUCUUCGCAGUGGCGCAGUGCAUGAUGCGGGAACCUUGGCCCGAGCAGCCAAAAAUAAUGAACGAGUCUCACUUCGACAUCAUCGUGGUGGGGGGCGGGUCUGCGGGUUCGUUAAUUGCGUCACGGUUGGCAGAGUUAGGUGACGUCACCGUGUUACUGGUGGAGGCUGGUCCCGACCCACCCCCUGAAAGCAUGGUUCCCGCUUACAAAGACUUUAUGAAGACUGGUGCUUAUAAUUGGAACUUCACUUCUACUACGAAUAGUGAAUCGAGCAAGGCGCUGGAAGGCGGCAUACAACGUCAGCCACAAGGUCGCAUGCUCGGAGGCAGCGGCUCGGCCAACGAUAUGGUUUAUACCCGCGGCUUCCCCCACGAUUUUCAUACUUGGGCUGAUAUCGCCGGGCCCACCUGGGAUUGGGACGCCGUCCUUCCUUCCUUCAAGAAGACAGAACAUCUCACCGACCCGACGAUCCUCAACGAUCCUGUCUUGAUGGCGUACCAUUCUGUCGAAGGAGAGAUAACAGUGAGCGGUUCCAAACAAACUUCGAAGGAUGUUGACACUUUUCUCAAUGCUUUCAACGAGCUGGGAUUCCCGAUAGUAGAAGAUAUGACGUAUCCAGGCAGAUUCGGCGCAGGACGUUUUCUCCAUACCAUACGAGAUGGCCGCAGGGAUAGCACUGCUACAGCGUUCAUCAGCAGGGCGGGAUUCGAAAAUAGAGGGAAUCUUUUCGUAUUGAGAAACUCUGUCGUGACGCAGAUAUUGAUAGAUUCCAACAAAACCGCCUACGGAGUCAAAGUGACGAGAGAUGAAGAGUCGUUUAUAUAUUAUGCAGAUUUCGAGGUGGUGCUAUCGGCCGGAGUUUUCAACACACCCAAGCUGCUGAUGCUUUCGGGUAUCGGGCCGAGGAACCACCUCGAAGAGAUGGGCAUAGAUGUAGUGCAUGAGACGCCCGUCGGGGAAUCGCUGCACGAUCAGACUAUGGUGCUGAUCUACCUUACUGCCGACGUCGAUCUUUGCACAUUGCCGAAGGCUGAGCGACAUAUCGAGAUGAUAAAAUACCUGUACAACCAAACGGGCGCCCUCAGCUCUUCGGACAGUAUGGGCCUCUACAUGUCGACGGAUAAGAACUCUGACGUCACCGCUCCCGACUUCGCCAUCUAUCCGGUGUGUAUACCGAAGAACGUCGGCUUCCGAAAUGCGUGCCCGAGUAUACUCAACUUCCAGAAACACAUCUGCGAUAAGCUCGGAGCAAUAAACGAGGAGAAGGAGCUGCUGUCCUUCGCCGUUGUUAAAUUGAACCCCGUUUCGAAGGGCAACGUAAAAUUAGCAUCGAACGACCCGAAAGACAAUCCGUCAAUAUACUCGGGCACGUUCAGCGAUCCACGCGACUACGAAGGCUAUCCAGAGGCGAUGAGGACCGUGUACUCGCUCGUUAACACAACGGUCAUGAAGCAGAUCGGGGCUCGCGUGGUCGACUACGAUCUGCCGGACUGCAAUGGCUUGGAGGUUGAAGAUGAUAAUUAUUUUAAAUGCAUAGCGCAGAACGUGGGCAUGUCGGCGUGGCGCGCGGGCGGUUCGGUAAGCAUGGGUGCGGUGUUGACGCCGCGCCUGAAGAUGAAGGGGAUGCACAAGCUGAGAGUCGCCGACGCCAGUGCGAUGCCCGCCACUGUCCGCGGCAACGUAGAGGCACCCGUCAUUAUGAUCGCCGAGAGAGCCGUCAGCUACAUCAAUGAGGAGGUGAAGGCCACCCCCUACGAUAUAUCGUUCUAA